AUGUCCUCCGCGGAGCUGGGUCCCAAGCCCAAGACCAUAACCGGGGGCUGCCUCUGCGCCGCCCUCCGGUACACCGUCACUUUCCCCGCCUCGCACGACUUCGCGUCAGGCGCGCUGACGUGCCAGUGCACGCAGUGCCGCAAGCAGUCGGGCGCCCUUUUCGUCGCCUUCCACCGCGUCCCGUGGCCCCUACGGUGGUCGUCGGCCGGCGGGACGCCGACGCUGCGGGAGUACAGCGUGACGCCCGUGGCGAAGCGCGGCUUCUGCGACCGGUGCAGCUCGUGGCUGUACUACCGCGUCGAAGGGGACGACGGGGCCAGCAUCUGCGUCGGGUCGCUCGACCAGGAGGUCCUGGUCGGGGGGCCGGCCGGAGGGGACGGGUUCGCGCGGGCUCUGGUCAACGGGCUGGGCGGGCACGAGUGGUGCGAGAACGAGAUCCCCGGCGUGACGGACGACAUCCCGUUGCUGAGAAGGGGGAGGAGGAAUCGGAAGAGCGGGGAGAAUAGUUCGAUUGCGAGGGCCAAGCUGUAA